AUGGGAAAUCAAAUAUGUUGGUGCUAUAAUGAUUAAGAAGAGACUUAAUAAGUUCAGCCAUACUAAAAUAUAAAUAUAUUAGAAUAAUAAAAUGAUAAUGAUUUAUCAUUAUAAUAAAACCAAAAAUAUGUGGAUCAAAGUCAAACUUAAAAUCAAUAGAAUAGAUAAUACAGCACAUGUGAUUUUUGCAUAUCUUAUUUGAAAACAUUGAAUAUUAAGUUAAAAAAGAUAAAUUAAAAUGAUAAAAGUCACCCCAUACAUUAAGAGAACAUUAAUGAAUCACAUAAAUCUAAUGAAGUAUUAGCUUUGCUUCACAACGAUCCUAUUUCUACAAUUGUAACUACAUGGUUUUAAUUGUCAGUGGCUAUACCAAAAAUUGUGUAAAAUAAUUCUAAAUAUGAUGGAAUUUUAAUUUAAGAGUAAUAUCAUAAAUAAAAGCUCAAUUGUGAUGAUCUUCAAACCUUGAUUUGCUUGAAAUGGUGUGUUGUAGACUUUUUUUUAUUACGAUAAUAAUAAAUUCACCCAUAAAAUAAAAUAAUAAAAGAAUGUUUUUAAAUGUUUUAAAGGAUAGUUCAUUAUUGCAUAUUUUUCAAAGAAUUAUUUCUUGAAAAUAAAUCAUUAGCAAAUAAUAAAUAAAAUAUAUAGCUUUAUAUUUAAUUCUAUGAGCUUUAUUAAAAACUGAUGAAUGGAUACUCAAAUUUUUAUGAAUAGUUAAUUGAUAACAUGUAAUUGAUGUACUAAAUAUAGUUUGAUUAUAAAAACGAAAAUAAUUAAUAUCCUCAUUUUAAGUUGAUUGGUUAUAUGAUGAGAUUUUGGUGUUAGAUUAUGCUUUCUGAUUAAAUUUAAAAGAUCUUAGAAGAAAGCUUCAAAAAUUUGGAUUAAUAAAAUGAUUAAACACUUUUUUAUUAGUAUGUAAAUUAUGCUUUAGAUGUAAAUAUAAAUGAGGAUAAUGUUCAUUGGAUAGGACAUAGAAUAAAUUUUAAAUAUGAGAAGAAACUAUUAAUUGAUAAACACUGGUUGAAGGAAGGGGAAUAACUAUUUUCUUCAAAUUAAAAUUGUAAUGAUUCAAUGGAUUUAAUGUUGAUUAAUUAAAAAAUGUUAUAUCCCUUAUGGUUUUAUGAAGUUGAGAUUGAAUUAAAAGCUAUUUAGAAUAAGAUUAAAAGAAUACUAAAUGAAUUUAAAUAAGAAUCUAAAUAAGAAUCUCUUAAAACUUCGUUUUUUACUUAAAGUUAAGAUAUUGAAUUAGAAGAAUAACUUUAAUUAGAGAGUGAAAACAAGAGUGACUAAAAUGAAAAUUCUUAUUAAAAAGAUCUUCAUCAAACAUAAACAGACAAUUUAAAAGAGUUAUUAACGACAAAUGUUAUUUUAGAAACUUGUGAUUCAUUAGAUUCUACAGACACACUUGAUAGUAUCAGAUAGAGAUUAUCUACUGACUCUAAAAUAUCAACUGGUGUUGGUAUCAUAGGUAAUAAAUAUAAACAAGGAGUUAAUAUUUAAAAAUUGACUCAAUUGAUUUCUGAUUUAAUACGAAAUAAAAAAAAAUAAAAAUAAAGAGAGUUUUUGUUACUACAAAGAGCUAAGAAAUACAAAUUAAAACCAGAUCGAAAAAUUGAAUGGCUUAAUUUUUUUGAAAAGACUUAAUUUAAUAAAAUACCAGAUAGCCAAAAAUUAAGAGAAUAUAUAAAACUAAUAUUAAAUAAAUUAAUGGAGAAUGACUACUAUAAGAAUCAAAAAGAGUAAUUUUUAUGA